AUGGGUAGUUCGUCAUGGGAAGAUAUCUCAGUAGCGGCCCAGGUCGAGCUUCUGCAGGCAAUACCCGAUCAAUGGAGAAUCGACCUAAAGCAGUACUCCAGCCAAUCUAAUGUUUCUCGCAUCCCUCUUACUUGUGGAGUCUUGAGCAAGCGACAGAUCGCUAUCACUGAGCUCACUGUAUCUGAACUCCAACAGCGUAUAAGGUCUCGCACGUUGAAGGCGACCGAAAUUCUAGAGGCAUUUGCUACUCGGGCUGCUAUCGCUCAUCAAUUGGUCAGAUGCCUUACUGAUUGGUUCUACGAAGAAGGUCUCGGUUGUGCCAGAGAACUCGAUGAAAUACUUGAACGCGGUGGUGAACCUAUUGGACCUCUGCAUGGAAUUCCUGUUGCUCUCAAGGAUACCUACGGACUCAAAGGUCAUGUCACGACACGAGGCUACAUCGUCGGCAAGGGUGUAGUGUAUGAUCACACUUCUGACAUCGUCGAAACCUUGAGAUUGGCAGGUGCCGUCUUCUUCUGCAGAACUACCAUGCCCCAGACAGGGUUUAUCCUAGAGACUACAAGUAACCUCUGGGGCCGAACAUUGAAUCCAUUUAAUAACCGUCUAGGUGCCGGCGGCAGCUCUGGAGGAGACGCUGCGCUGGUUGCAAUAAGAGGAGCUCCUAUUGCACUUCCGUCGGAUAUAGGAGGCUCCAUCCGCGCGCCAGCCGCUUUCUGUGGUCUCUAUGCUAUACGUCCAACAUCUCAGCGUAUCCCCAAAGGAAAUUGGGCUGGCACCAUGACUGGCCAGAUAACUGUCAGGGACUCUGCAGGCCCUAUUUGUCACUCUAUUGGUGACGUUCGGCUAUUCACCGAGGUAAUUUGCUCUCAUCAAGAUCAACAUCGAUAUGAUACAAACUCAGUUCCGAUCCCAUGGAGACGGGUUUCUCUGCCUCAGAAGCUUGCAGUUGGUAUCAUGAAGUGGGACAAGGUGGUGAUGCCACAACCACCCGUGCUCAGAGCCAUUGAGCAUACCAAGAACGUUCUCUUGAAAGCCGGUUUCGAAGUGAUUGAAUUUAGCCCGCCUGUCGAUUGCUGGGAGCUAGCCAAGUGUUACUACGAUCUGAUCUUUCAAGACGGAGGCGCAGAUACAUUGGCAAAGGUAGCCAUAUCUGGGGAGCCUCUAGUCCCAGCCUUUGCCGACCUGCUCAAGGUAUUCAAUGCCAGGGCACUCGCAGCUACCGAAGUUCUAAAGCUCAACCUCCAAACAAGAGCCUACAAAACAACUUUCGCUCAGGCUUGGGAUAAUACUAAGGAUAUAACCUCGACCAGACGUCCUAUUGACGCACUCAUCUGCCCAUGUUCACCCUCAGCCGGUAUCCCGCAUGAUUUCAAUGUGUGGUGGGGAUACACCAGCAUGUGGAAUCUUUUGGAUUAUCCCUCUACCGUUCUUCCUAUCGCCAACUUCAAGAUCAGUCCAGAGAGUGACCCACCAAACACAUCCUACAAGCCUUUGACGUCAAACCCGUAUGACAAGACGAAUAAUGAAAUGUACGAUCCAAGCCUUUUUAUCGAUCAGCCAAGCACUAUUCAGGUUGUUGGAAGGCCUUUUGAUGACGAGGAACUUAUUGAAGUUAGCGCUGCGAUUGAUACAAUACUUCGUGAACACAGUACUGUUAGACAGCGACUGGCCAAAGCAAACAAUCUUUCAAAACUGUAA